CUGCUUCCGGUUGUAUGUUCCGGGUCAUCACAGUCCCCUGCCUCAGGGUUAUCUAUUCACCAUCUUUACAGCAGAGCCCUGAAGAGCCGGGCACGAUUGUUCCUUAUGCGGCCAGGGAGUAAGCCAACUCUACCUGGCGCUCAGGACUCCUCAUUCCCGGGCCUGGUGGAACCCACAGCAUCCCCGGACAGACCCCCGCCCCACUGAAGCUGACGGAUGAUGCUCCAGUCCCAUCUCUGUCUCCCACAGUCGAGCCCCGUUGAGGAUGGAGCCCACCUCAGGCUUUGCAGAGCAACCUGGGCCUGAGAAGGCUGAAAGCGAGGAGCAAGAGCCGGCACCAUGGCAAGCCCUCCCUGUCCUGUCGGAGCAGCAGUCGGGGGCCGUGGAGCUGGUACUGGCUUAUGCUGCACCUGUCCUGGACAAGCGCCAGACGUCCCGCCUUCUCCGGGAGGUGUCCGCUGUCUAUCCACUUCCUGCCCAGCCCCACCUCAAGCGGGUGCGCCCCAGCCGUGGUGCAGGUGGUGGGCACUCGGAUCUGCUGCUGUGCCUGGCAGGGCCCUCUGCUGGCCUGCGCUCCCUGGCCGAGCUCCUCCCCAGGCCGGCCGUGGACCCGCGCGGCCUGGGCACACCUUUCCUGGUGCCUGUGCCCGCCCGGCCACCCCUCACCCGGAGCCAGUUUGAAGAGGCGCGGGCCCACUGGCCCACAUCCUUCCAUGAAGACAAGCAGGUGACCAGUGCCCUGGCUGGGCAACUCUUCUCUGCGCAGGCUCGAGCCACCAUGCAGACCCACAUGGAAUGGGCGGUACGAGCGGCCCAGAGGGCAGCAGCACAGGGGCUUCGGGCAGUGGGUGCCAUCGUGGUGGACCCAGCUUCGGACCGCGUGUUGGCCAUAGGCCAUGACUGCAGCAGCGUAGCCAGCCCCCUGCUGCAUGCCGUCAUGGUGUGCAUCGACUUGGUGGCCCAGGGGCAGGGCCGCGGCUCCUGUGACCUCAGACGCCACCCAGCUUGCUCCUUUACACAGGCCACUGCCACUCAGGGCGCCCGCGCCGGCAGCGUGCGCAAGCUGGACGAGGAUGGCCUGCCCUAUGUGUGCACUGGCUAUGACCUGUAUGUCACCCGUGAGCCCUGCGUCAUGUGCGCCAUGGCCCUUGUCCACGCUCGCAUCCAGCGAGUCUUCUAUGGGGCGCCAUCACCUGAUGGCGCCUUGGGCACGCGCUUCCGUGUCCACGCUCGGCCAGACCUUAACCACCGCUUCCAGGUGUUCCGAGGCAUCCUAGAGGACCAGUGCCGCCAGCUGGACCCCGACCCAUAGUCCUGGUGACCUGCUUCUAGACCAUUCUCUGCUCCUGGCCAGCCCGCAUCUCCUGCAGCUCCAUGGCCUUGGGCCUGGGGGCCCCACCUCUGUCUGAGGACACUGACCACCUGUGCCAGACUGUGGGCCUCAGUUUCUAGACUGCAGCUCCCUUCUCUGCUGGCUGCAACGACCGUGGGGCUCAGCUCUGCUUACAAGCCCAGUGGCUGUCUUACAGUCUCCGUGGUCCUCCAGGCUCGGGGCGGGGAACAGCCAUCGAGUGUGAAAAUAAAGCACCUCAAACCAA